GAAAGCUCUCUCUCUCUCUCUCUCUCUCUCUCUCUCUCCCCCUCUCUCUCUCUCUAUCACACACACACCUGGUCUUCUUCUUCUUCAAGAAAACCCACAUCUCCAUUAACACCAGAAUUCAUCUCAGCCUCCGCCACCACCGGCGACAAUCGCUCACACACACACAUGAGAAAACCUCUAUACACUUGACAGUUUCCUCAUUUACCAAUAAUAUUAUCUGAAACUUUAACCAAAUCAUCAUUAACCAGAAUAUAAAUUCAUAUACAUAUAAAAAGGUGAAAUAAACAUGAUGGAAACAGUGGAAGGAACAAAUCGGGCUUGAAGUUCAUUGUUGUUGCUAUAACUUUUUGAUAUUUAAACAAUCUACAACUACCCGAGUAUUUUUCAUGAAGACCCUUGAGUUCUUCAGGUAAGCUUAUCUACAACUACACUAUCACUCAAAUCCAAGUUUGUAAUUUGUAACAAAUUUCUAGAGGGAAGCAACAUAGAAAUGAUGGGCCGGUGGUGGUUAUUCAUAAUGAUCGGGAUGGUGUUGAUGAAGACAUCAUUAAUAAUUUCAGUUGCUAAAAAAUCUGCCAUAGAUAAUCUUUGAAAAAAUAAAGCAAAAUCCCCUUAACUGCUACAUGAAUCAUCAGAGGAAGAAGAUGAUGGCAAUUGAGAUUAUGAUUCCAACUUUAUAAGUGAGGCCUCAAUAUUUCGAAAUGAUGAUCGUGAUUCUGAUUUCCAUUAAACCUUAAUCAACCAUAAAUCUACUCCUCUAAUUCAUUGCAUUUGAUAAAACUUUUGCUUAUGCAGGGUUUGGAAGAAAGCAAGAAGUAGGAGAAGCAUGAUUCAAUCCCCGUUAAAAAACCCUAACUAACCCCCUCAUAGAUCCACCCUUCCACUCAUAAUUUCAUUUUGCAAAUCGAGUCAGAUCCUUUCCUUACUGUUACCUGAUUCAUCAGAGGAAGAAGAUGGGAGUUCCACUGUUCAUUGUCCUCUUUGUGAACCACACCUUCAUCUGUUCUUGAUUCUUUUUUUACUAGCCAUAGAUAAAAAAUGGAAACAAUAUGGGUUGGAGAAGAAGAACAAGGAUUGGAGGUCCUCCCGCCAAAAUCAAACGAAAAAGUUGAAGGAGACGGCGAUAGAAAACCCUCAAAUCCCGUUAGUUUAUCUAGAUUUAUCGCACCGACAGAGAGACGAUGACAAUGAUGAGCUCCGGGAAGCAAAUAUCUAGUAAUGGAGGCGAAAUCUCACAAAUUUUGGCUAAAUAUUUCCCUCAAAUCGACUAUAAACAUGCCGAUGGGAAAAACAAGAUGCAACUCACAAAGACGCUUCACGAACAAUUUUUCUCCACUGCUGACGGAUUAGACUUCAUCUCUCAGGUAAAGAAAGAAGACAUUCUUUUCAUUUUGCCACUUGAUUUCCAACAUUUCCGAAAGGUAUGUAUGCUUGAAGAAUUCUACGAUGCUUUAGAAAGAAACCCCAAAGAAGCUCUUCUAUGCAUGAGUGCAGCAGUACACACGACCCUUCACUCCAAAUCAAACGAUGAAGAGUUGGAUGAACAUGCAAAGGUAAACAUCCGCCUACACAAUCACCCUGACUCCAUGAUUGCUUUAAAGAACCUGAAAGCAGCUUACAUUGAAAGGCUUGUUUCUGUUCGUGGCACUGUAGUAAAAGUUAGCACUGUGAAGCCAUUAGUAAUACAAAUGAGUUUCACAUGUUCCAAAUGUGGAAACACCAUUGCACGUGAUUUCCCAGAUGGAAAGUUCUCACCUCCUUCAAGCUGUGGAACACACGGAUGCAAAAGCAGAAUUUUUAACCCGAUUAGAUCUAGUGCAAUACCAAUAGACUUCCAGAAAAUAAGAAUUCAAGAGCUGUUGAAAUCUGAACAUCAUGAAGAAGGUCGAGUGCCUAGAACAGUGGAAUGUGAAUUGGUUGAAGAUCUUGUGGACAUGUGUAUCCCUGGAGAUGUUGUAACUGUGACUGGUAUUAUAAGGGUGAUUAAUAAUUACAUGGAUAUAGGAGGAGGAAAAUCAAAAGGGAGGAAUCAAGGGUUAUAUUACUUGUAUCUAGAAGGAGUAUCAGUUAAAAACUCAAAGUCACAAUCUGAAGAAACAGAAUCAGUGGCUAAAGCUACAGACUUGUUGGAUUUAUAUUCUUUUAGUCAAAGGGAUUUGGAAUUUGUUUGUAAGUUUUCUUUAGAGCAUGGAUCAGAUGUGUUUCGUCAAAUACUUCAAUCAAUUUGCCCCUCCAUCUAUGGACAUGAACUUGUUAAAGCUGGAAUUACAUUGGCAUUGUUUGGAGGUGUAAGGAAGAAUUCAAUGGAUCAGAAUAAGGUUCCUGUUAGAGGAGACAUUCAUGUCAUAAUUGUUGGUGACCCUGGACUUGGGAAAAGUCAACUCCUGCAAGCAGCAGCUUCAGUUUCACCACGUGGCAUUUAUGUUUGUGGGAAUGCCACAACAAAUGCUGGCCUCACUGUUGCUGUGGUCAAAGAUUCAAUGACUGGUGAUUAUGCUUUUGAAGCUGGUGCAAUGGUACUUGCAGACAGGGGAUUGUGUUGUAUCGAUGAAUUUGAUAAAAUGACAGCAGAACACCAAGCUUUAUUGGAAGCAAUGGAGCAACAAUGUGUCUCUGUUGCAAAAGCAGGACUUGUAGCAAGUUUAUCAGCUCAAACAACUGUUUUAGCAGCAGCAAAUCCAGUUGGUGGACAUUACAACCGUGCGAAAACAGUGAACGAGAACUUGAAAAUAAAUUCCGCUUUGCUGUCACGAUUUGAUUUGGUCUUCAUUUUGCUUGAUAAACCCGAUGAGUUACAUGACAAACGAGUUUCUGAACACAUCAUGUCUUUACAUGUAGCAAAUGGUGAUCAUUCACAAACUAUGAACAAACUUACAAGUGUUUCAUCAUCUCAAAGUAUUGGCGAAACGAGUGGUUCACUUGUUUCAAGGUUAAGGCUUGAUUCAAGAAAAGACAUUGAUUUUGUUCCGUUACCAAGUCCUCUUCUCCGUAAAUAUAUUGCUUACGCAAGAACUUAUGUGUUUCCAAGGAUGUCGAAACCGGCAGCUAAAAUUUUACAACAGUUUUAUUUAAAACUAAGAGACCGUAACACGUCUGCUGAUGGGACGCCGAUUACAGCGAGACAGUUGGAAAGUUUAGUACGGUUGGCACAAGCUCGCGCUAGGGUUGAAUUGCGAGAAGAAAUAACUGUUGAAGAUGCUCUGGAUGUUGUUGAAAUAAUGAAGGAAUCAUUGUUUGAUAAGUAUGUUGAUGAGCAUGGAGUUGUUGAUUUUGGUAGGAGUGGUGGGAUGAGUUGUCAGAAGGAAGCAAAGCGGUUGUUAAGUGCAUUGAACAAGCAAUCAGAGAAAGAACAGAAAGAUUGUUUCUCUGAAAAAGAAAUGUUCAAUUUGGCUAAAAAGAUUGGGAUAAGUGAGGAAAAUUUUGACAGGCUUGUAGAGAUUAUAAACACUGCUGGGUUUGUAACUAAAAAGGGGCCAAAAACAUAUCAGGUGGUAUCAUCGUCCUAUUCACGGAGUCAAUUGUCGAGGUGAAAUGGAAAUGACCUAAAAUGGUAAACUAGCCAUUUUAUUGUGCUUCGCCAUAAAAUAAGCAACAAUAUUUUGUAGACAACUUUUUUUUUAAUCAAGUCUCACUUAGCAUCUAUGUAAAUUGCAAACAAAUAUUAGAUUAAAUGAAAAUUGUAUAAAAUGUAUCAAAA